ACAAAAACAAAGAGCACCUUACUUUCUUUAGAAAGUUGUAUUCAUGGCAAUAAAGAUUGUACAACCAACUGUUGGUUUAUCAAAGAUUGCAGUUUCAGAAACCCAUGGAGAAAACUCUCCAUAUUUUGCUGGAUGGAAAGCUUAUGAUGAAAACCCAUAUCAUGAAAAACAUAACCCUCAUGGGGUUAUACAAAUGGGGUUAGCAGAAAAUCAAGUGUCAUUUGAUUUGCUUGAAGAAUAUUUGGAAUCUAAUCAAGAAGCAGCAAGUUGGGGCAAAAGGGUUUCUGGUUUUAGAGAGAAUGCUUUGUUUCAAGACUACCAUGGCCUUUUAACUUUCAGAAAGGCAAUGGCAAGUUUUAUGGAACAAGUGAGGGGAGGAAGAGCAAAAUUCGACCCUGAAAGAGUCGUUUUGACUGCGGGUGCAACAGCUGCUAAUGAGCUUUUAACUUUCAUUUUAGCAAAUCCUGGUGACGCGUUGCUUGUCCCCACUCCUUACUAUCCAGGAUUCGAUCGAGAUUUGAGAUGGAGAACUGGUGUGGAAAUUGUGCCAAUCCAUUGCGAAAGCUCAAACAAUUUCCAAAUUACUCCGGAAGCCUUAGAAUCUGCAUAUGAUCAUGCAAGAUCAAUGAACAUGAAAGUACGAGGGGUUCUAAUAACGAACCCCUCGAACCCGUUGGGUGCAACCAUCCAACGGAAAGUUCUAGAACAGAUCUUGGACUUCGUCACGAGAAAAAACAUUCAUUUAGUCUCGGACGAAAUCUAUUCAGGAUCUGUAUUCCAUUCUGACGAAUUUGUCAGUAUUGCAGAGAUCCUUGAAUCACGAAACUACAAAGAUUCCGAACGUUGUCACAUCGUUUAUAGUCUCUCGAAAGAUCUUGGUCUUCCGGGUUUCCGAGUGGGAACCGUGUACUCGUAUAAUGAUCAAGUAGUGACAACUGCUCGAAGAAUGUCUAGUUUUACCCUAAUUUCAUCGCAAACCCAGUUUCUAUUGGCGUCUAUGUUAUCAAAUAAGGAAUUCACUGAAAAGUAUAUAAAGAUCAAUCGAGAAAGAUUGAGGAAACGAUAUGAAAUGAUUGUUGACGGGUUGAAGAAGGCCGGAAUCGAGUGUUUAAAAGGGAAUGCUGGGCUGUUUUGUUGGAUGAAUUUGAGUCCUUACUUGAAGGAGGCAACAAAAGAAGGUGAACUGGAGAUCUGGAAGACGAUAAUGGAGGAAGUGAAGCUGAACAUCUCGCCGGGAAGUUCUUGCCGGUGCUCCGACCCCGGUUGGUUUAGGGUUUGUUUUGCAAAUAUGAGUGAAGAAACACUUAAUGUUGCACUCAGGAGAUUGCAUGAGUUUAUGGAUAGAAGGAGAAGAGAUACACAUGUCUUGUCUAUGUAA